CUUCUCUUCAUUCAUCCUUUUCCUUUUUUCUUUCUCUUUUGGAAACACUGCUCAAGACCAAUUCUUCUCUCUUGAUCAGCUCUUUUUUGUAAUUAUCUACCCUCUACUCUAUACUCUACUCUACUCUACUCUACUCUCUACGCUUCUCGUCCCUAUCUCUUUCUCUUUCUUUUCAUCUGUCUAUACCCCCUUUCCCCUUCGUUUGAGAUCUUUAACCCAUACCCUCCGAUACUCUCGUCUUCAUUUCUGUGUAAAUUCACCCCUUCCUUCCUUAUCCUUCGAAAAUGGCUUCUUCACUCGAUCUCGCCUCCUUCACGAACAAGCUUCACUUCUACCUCAAUGGCACGGAGAUCGUCCUCGACAAUCCCGAUCCCGAUACAACCUUGCUCCAAUAUGUCCGCUCUAUCGGACUUACUGGAUCCAAACUUGGAUGUGCUGAGGGUGGUUGCGGUGCCUGCACUGUAAUGGUGUCCUCCUAUGACAAGGUCACCCAACAUAUUCGCCACCUGAACGUAAACGCAUGUUUGACACCUCUGUGCUCCGUCGAUGGCAAACAUGUCAUCACUAUUGAAGGCCUCGGUAACCACAAGAACCCCCAUCCUGUCCAAGAGCGCAUUGCAUUAUGCUAUGGCUCCCAAUGCGGUUUCUGUACUCCUGGUAUUGCCAUGUCACUCUAUGCGCUGCUCCGCAAUAACCCCACCCCCACAGAGCACGAUGUUGAAGAGUCUUUUGAUGGAAACCUGUGUCGCUGCACUGGUUACCGCCCUAUCUUGGAUGCUGCAAAGUCUUUUGCUGCCCCUGCCAAUGGCAAGAAGGCUGGUGGAUGCUGCGGUGGUGCUGGUCCCAAUGGUGGCUGCUGUAAGGAUGAAAAGCCUGAAAAGACCUCCACUAUCCCUCAGGAGAGCUCUGUCCGCUUCCCUUCCGUUCUCUUCAAAUCUUAUGAUCCUACACAGGAACUCAUCUUCCCUCCUAGACUCAUGAAGAAAACUGCUGAGCCACUGUACUUCAACGGACGAAAGUCUCAAUGGUUCCGUCCCACUACACUUGCUCAGGUCCUCCAAAUCAAGGCAAACUAUCCUCAGGCAAAAUUCCUUGGAGGCAACACUGAAGUUGGAGUAGAGACAAAAUUCAAGUACAUGGAAUACUCUCCUUAUGUGUACCUGAAUGAUGUUGUCGAGCUACAGGGAAUCACCAUCACCUCGGAAGGUAUCUCUCUCGGAGCCGGUGUCACGAUCGCCAAUUUCCAGAAGGCACUCGAGGAGACCAUUGAAAAGGUCUCUGAGAGUGAGGCCCAUGUCCUUCGUGCAUUCUUGGCCAACACAAAAUAUUUUGCUGGAAAACAGAUCCGUAAUGCCGCCUCCGUUGCCGGUAACAUUGCCACUGCCUCCCCCAUCUCUGAUUUGAACCCCGUCUUUGUCGCCUCCAACUCGACUUUCAGCAUUCUCUCAUCAGACCAGUCUGUUGAUUCAACCGCUCGCGUUGUUCCCGCUACCGAGUUCUUUGUCGGCUAUCGUAAGACCGCCUUGAACCCAUCCACCGACAUUUUAACUCAGAUUAAUAUUCCUUUCACUCGUCCCGGUGAGUACAUCCGCUCAUUCAAACAGGCCAAGAGAAAGGAUGAUGACAUCGCCAUCGUUACAGCUGCCAUUCGUGUACAUCUUGCUUCUGAUAAUACUGUCAUCGAAAUUGGUUUUGGCUUCGGUGGUAUGAGCGCCUUUACAUGCCAGGCCAAGAAGACAUCUGAAUUCCUUAAGGGCAAACACUGGGGUGACAAGGAUGUCCUCGAUCGUGCCUUGGAGCUCUUAGAUCAGGAUCUUCCUAUGGAUGUCUCCACUCCUGGAGGCAUGCCAGAGUACCGUCGCACUCUUGCAAAGUCCUUCUUCGUACGAUUCUGGUGGGAUGUGAUCGAACAACAUAAAUUGGCUGUUGAACAUGACCAUGGAGACAUCAAACUUUUGACCGAUGAAAUCCACCGUGGUCUCUCCUCUGGUGUUCAGAGUGAUAAGGGUACUAUCCAGAACUCAACUACUGAUAUUGUUUCCAAGAGUGUCGCUCAUGUUGCAGCCAUGAAGCAGGUGACUGGUGAAGCCAUCUAUACUGAUGAUAUGCCCAAGCUUCAUAACGAGCUCUAUGGUGCCAUGGUCCUUUCUAGUCGCGCCCAUGCUAAGAUUGUCAGUGUCGAUACUAGUGCAGCUCUUGCUCACCCUGGCGUCAGGGCCUACUUUGACCAUAAGGAUGUUCCCGGUAACAACAUUUGGGGCGCAGCCAUGUUUGAUGAUGAAGAGAUCUUUGCAUCCGAGGAAGUUCAUUGCGUUGGUCAAAUCAUCGGUGUGAUCGUUGCGGACACUCAGGCUAUUGCACAAGAAGCAGCUCGAAAGGUCAAGAUUGAAUACAUUGAUCUCCCCCAUGUGGUCACCAUUGACGAGGCUAUAGCCGCAGACUCUUACAUCCCCCUUACAAAGUCGAUUGUCAAGGGUGAUGUCGAUGCUGCUUUCGCCAACUGUGCCAAGGUCUUUGAGGGUCAAACCCGUGUUGGCGGCCAAGAGCAGUUCUACCUCGAGACACAAGCUGUCCUUAUCAACAACAAGGGCGAGUCUGAGUUUGAGAUCUAUGCUUCGACUCAGAAUGCCAACGAAACUCAAGCUGUGGUUGCUAGCGUCCUUGGCAUCAGUGCUAACAAGGUUGCGUGCAAGGUCAAGCGCCUGGGCGGUGGGUUCGGUGGUAAGGAAUCCCGUACCAUCCCCUUGACCUGUAUCAUGGCGGUUGCCUCCUAUCAUAUGAAGAAACCUGUUCGCUGUAUGUUGGAUCGUAACGAGGAUAUGGUAAUUUCGGGUCAGCGCAACCCCUUCAUGGGUAAAUGGAAGGUCGGUCUUGACGAGAACAAUAAGCUUGUGGCCUUGGACACUGAGCUUUACUUGAACGCCGGCUGGUCUUCGGAUUUGUCUGUUGCGGUCAUGGAACGUGCCUUGGGCCACAUCGACAAUGUUUAUUAUAUUCCAAAUGUCCGUGCUGUAGGCCGCUGCUGUCGUACCAACAUCCACUCCAACACUGCUUUCCGCGGUUUCGGAGGUCCUCAAGCGAACGUGAUUGCGGAGACAUACAUGACAGAAAUCGCAGAACGUAUUGGUAUGAGUCAAGAAGAGUUCCGUGAGAUCAAUAUGUAUAAAGAAGGCCAACUGACACACUUUAAUCAGGAGCUCAAGGACUGGCACUUGCCCAAGGGUUACUACCAGCUCAAAGAAAAAACCAACUAUGAUGCGCGCAAGGCUGCCGUUGAAGACUUCAACAAGAAGUCCAAGUGGCGCAAGCGUGGUAUUUGUAUCAUCCCUACAAAGUACGGUAUCUCAUUCACAGCUCUUCAUCUCAAUCAAGCUGGUGCCAUGAUUCAUAUCUAUCACGAUGGAUCCGUGCUUUUAUCCCACGGAGGUGUUGAAAUGGGUCAAGGCCUUCACACGAAGAUGAUUCAGGUCUGCGCUGAGGGCCUCAAGAUCCCUAUGGAGAUGAUCCACAUUGUAGAGACUUCGACCGAUAAGGUUGCAAAUGCUUCACCCACUGCAGCCUCUGCCUCAUCGGAUUUGAAUGGAAUGGCAGUCAAGGAUGCGUGCGACCAGAUUAAUGCGCGACUGGAGCCUUACCGCGCCAAGGGUCUCUCCUGGAAGGAGAUUGUGCAUCACGCCUACUUUGACCGCGUCAACCUUAGCGCCAAUGGAUUCUACAAGGUCCCAGAUAUUGGUUACAAAUGGGGUGAGAACAAGGGUCAACUUUUCUUCUACUUUACGAUGGGAGCAGCAGUGUCAGAGGUGGAGGUUGACCUUUUGACAGGCCACCACACUGUGAUCCGAUCGGAUAUCUCCAUGGAUUUGGGUCGUUCGAUUAAUCCCUCGAUUGAUAUCGGUCAGAUCGAAGGAGCAUUUAUCCAAGGAAUGGGUUGGUCUACGACCGAGGAAUCACUGUACUUCCCUAAUGGUCGAUUGUUCACACAAGGCCCUGGCAAUUACAAGAUUCCAGGUUUCCAGUGCAUCCCUCAAGAGUUCAAUGUGUCAUUCUUUGAGGAUGUGACUCAUGAGAGUGUGAAGACGAUCUACAAGUCUAAAGGAGUAGGAGAGCCUCCACUUUUCCUUGGAUCAUCUGUGUACUUUGCGAUCCGUCAUGCUCUUUGGUAUGCUCGACAGGAGAACGGCCAUCCUGGUUCGUUCUCCCUUUCUCUUCCUGCUACGCCUGAGCGCAUCCGUAUGACAGUAGGGGAUUCUAUUGCAGAAAGCAGCAAGCUCCAGCCAAAACAAGGCGAACGUCCAUGGGUUCUUUCUGUCUUUUAAAAUGGUUUUCUCCGUUAGUUUAUUAAUCUCCAUAAAUAACUUGCUG